AUGAGGAUAAAAGAAGCUAACGGUCUUUCUGUCUGGUUAGCCGUGGAUGGGGAGAAAUUGGAUGAACAAACGGUUCGAAAGACAGGCGACGAAGAUGAAGGAUUCAGGAUAGAAUGUUUCUUAUCUCCUUUGGCGCAUCAAGAUUAUACUAUUCACGUGCAACUAGGCCGUCAAAGUCCUUGGAAAGGUGACUGGGUCGCUGAACCGAUCAUCAACGGACAGAGGAUUCACUCAUUGCAUAUCAGAAAAAGAUGGCAUGUUACACAUGGUUUAGAUACUUACUACCAAGAGGAAAGAGAUGGUAGUCUGAUGGAAUAUCCACUCUGUUUUGGUGCUAUAGAUGACCCCACCCAAAUGGAGAUAAGAGAAGGAGAUGAUUCAGGAGAUGGGGGAAGCAACAUGGUGAUUGUGGAAAUAUCGAGAGGGGAGAUUCAGAGAGUCAAGCCGUCCAAAAGGAAGAUAGGACAAAGGGUAAGACCUCAGGAGAGUACGACUCAAAUUGGACCAACCACGAGAUCCGGCCGAAAAUGCGAUGGGAAAACUGGGUAUGGGGAAGAGUUCGAUUAUGAUGAGGAAGAUAGACAAGGUCCAUUCCUCAAAUUUGUUUUCAAGAUUCGGAAUGAGAGAUAUCUCGUCAGGAAUAACCUACAAGAUCGAGUCCCUGCACAACAACAUCCAUCUCAGGUGUCUCGAACAGUGCGACUUAAGGCUGAACCGGAUCUUGAUAUUGAUGAUUUACCUCUCAGUUCAUCUUCUACUUCCCGCCAUAAGACUAACACACAGCAUUCGUCUAAACGGGAACUACCAGAAGACAGUGUCAUCCCGGAAUCCGAAUCAGCCAAGAGGUUGAGGAUGGCCGAAAAUGAGAUUAAACAAUUGAAGAAAUUGGUAACUCGAUUGACAAGUAGCCACGGUGGCCGAAAUGACUCAUUCCAACGUGGACAAAGCAGUCACGAUCCUAGGAGGUUUUGGGGAUGA